CAGCGUCUCGGGUCUCAAGCCAUCAUCGCUCCCAUCCAGAAAUGGAUCUAACGAGGCCCCCAUCCAUGAUCGCUGAACUCGCGCCCUGCCCGUGAUGAGGGAGAUAGGCAUGUACAGCGUCACCAAUGCCCACAACGCAACCGCGCGCCAUGCGAUCCAACGAUUCUCGGUACACGGAAGUCCAUACGCUCGUGUACGUGCUCAUGCCUACCCAUCGCUGAAUCAGGGGACGGAAAUUCUGGACGUAAUUGCUGGUUUCAUAAGGGGGCACGACGAGGAGGCUUUUUCUCUCCCGUAUUGUGAAAGAGACCAUGUCUCUAUGAUCGCGGUCCCGCAUGAACGCCGGAUCGGGAUCCACUUUCAUCUAUUUCAGCGGCACAGCGACUCGGUACGCUGUCCUCGACCACUGGAGAGGCGGGAGCUCGCCAUUGUGGAAGAUGUCCGCUUGCAGGCUCUGUCGCUUGUUAGCUAUCUGACUUACACCAAAGUUGCAAGACCUACGUGCACCCCAUUCGCCACCACAACCAUUUCGCCCGCCCACUCCCUUAUAUCCUUCAAAACAACCCUCUUCUCAUCCUCCCUCACAUACGCCACCUCCGCGUUCAAAUGCACAUCUACCCCCUGGGCCGGCGUCGAUUAUGGCGAUUUGGAGGGGCGGCAUGGUGUUGGUGUUGGGUUGGUGGAUGAGCGCGGAGGUUGUGCUAGGAAUCUUGCUGUUGGAGGACAUUAUGUGUUGCUUUCAUGAUCAUGAAGUACGGUUUGGCGGCGUAGUGUUGGGUUAAACGACUAACGCUUACUGGCCGCGGUUUUGAUCUUCGCAUUGCCGUCAACUUACAUACGAACCCUA